AUGGCGAAGUCGGUGUCGAUACCCAUCGCGCUGAGCGAACUCAAACGCACUUCGCUGCGACAGCUGAGUGGGAACAAGAAGAAGACGUCGACCACGACGCCGCUCACUGGAUUCGUCAUCCUCGUCGAGAGAAGCGGCGACGUCGUCAAGCUCUACGGUGAGUCUUUGGGAGGCGAAGAACCAACUUGUGGGCUAUUUACUUGAUUCACAACAAGUUAAUAGUGUUCAUAGACAAAGGGACAAAAAAAAGAUUUAACUGGAGUUUCAAAAAGUUUUUAUUUUGUGAACUGGAAAAUCUGGCCUUUGUGAAAAAUUUUUUUCACUGUUCAGAAAUUUGAGAAAUAUCGGAAAGGAAUUCGGAAGAAUUUUGAGAGUUUUUAAAGAUAUUUAUAAAGUCGGAAAGUUUGGAGAAGAGGAAUAUUCCGGGAACUCUGCUGCUAGGAUUGGGAUAAUUCUCAAAAACAUUAUUUGUAAAAGAACAACGAGAACUUAUCGUUUAUAAUAACAAAUUAGCGAGUUAAAUCAGUAUUAAAGUUAUUUGUUCCCAGGAACUGCCGCCGAAAGAGCAGGACUGAGCAUCGGCGAUGAAAUCGUCACCAUCAACGACAUGAACAUCGACGGGAAGAAGUACGAGCAGGUCGUCGAGCACAUCCGCGAAGUCUGUAAAAGUGUGGUUGAAUUCUCGAAAUCUCCAUUUCAGUGCAUUCGGACGAAGGUCAUACAGCUCAAAGUUCGACGUACUGCAGUUGAAAUUCCCGCUCAAAAUGAAGCUUCCGUUUUCAAUUGUAGGUAUACUUUGAAUCGUUUGAAUCGCCCAUUUUUGAAAAAUCGAAACUUGAGCAAGUUUAGAUUUCCAGGAUCUCUACCUAGAACAUGAAAAAGUGUGCCAGCAUACUCUUAGGAAAGUCCAAAACUCUGGUCACCUUCUUUUUGAGAAAAUAUGAGCUUUUCAGUCGAUUCUUCUUCUUCUUUCUACGCCUUUGUACCGCUUGAGCGGCGUCGGCGCCCCAAGUCGAUGAGCCGAGGUCCUAUCCUGAUAUCAGUGGACUGGCUCCAGUGACAUAUCCGCCCUUGUGUGUGACGGCUGGGGAUUUUGAAGUCGUGGUUUCCCACUACCAACAUUUCUUAAACCCCUUGGUUGGGUCGGGGCGGGGAUCGAACUUGUGACCCUGUGGACCGUAGACAGGCACACAACCUGUUGCGCUACGGCGCGCCUUUUCAGUCGAUUGUUGAUUCCGAAAUAGACUGCCCAUUGUAAAUUUCAUUUCUAACCCUGGACGAAGUUCCGAUUUUGAUCCUAGGUAUUUCUGUCAAGAUUCCUAUCUGAUCGAACAUUUUCUGACUUUUCAUCGGAGCAUUUCUAGGCACGACUUCGAGCACGAUGAUCACGGACGCCUACCUCGUUUCCGUCGACAAAGAGCACAUCAAGGAAGUGACCAAAAGGCUCAAAAAGUACGUUUUGAACUCGGAUCGAGCCAGUGAAAAAGUCUUUUUGCGCUGGAGCACAGUUUUGCGGCGAAUAAAUGGGAACUGUAGUGGGAGGUGUGUGUUUGUCGGUCGAGUUGACCAUCUUGCUCCCUUGUUUGGUCGAACCGACUUGAGCACAAGUGUUUCCUCGUUGUUUCUCGCACAUUUACCUUUUCUCAUCGAAAUUACAUCCAAUGCUCAAUUAUUGGAGAGGUCAUGAGUUCAAUUUUCUGAGACUUGCGAAAAAUCUUUUGUUGACCCCCUAUUCUUCAGAUUUUUUAAUCAAAUAUUCAUCAAAAAUGAAGUUUGGACUACCUCUCGAAUUUAAAUAAAAAUUCAGGGUAGAUUAGAAAAAGUGAAAAGGUCAGAAAAAAGUCCUAUAUUUACUUCUACUUUUAUUCAUUUAUUUAUUUAUUCAGCAAUAUAUAUCGUCAAUGAAACGUCUAUACUAGCGAUUUCAAACCUAGGAACUAAAUUUUCAAGAAUUUAAUUUUUUCGAAUAUUUUCGUUGAUAUAAUUAGAAAUAGUUUUUUUUCAGCUGUUUCAUCUCUCCUAUUUGCUAUUCGGAGUUCUCACAUUUCUCGACUUCUGGGAAAGGUGUCUUUUAAUCUUUCCCUGCGGACUCUCGACGUUUCAAGUCUCUUGUCUUUUUCCUUAUUUGUCUUUUUUCUUUUGUUUUUUAUUUUCGAUCAAAGUAACUCAAAAUUUAGCCACAUUUUCGAUUUCAUUUUCCCAACGUGUAAGUUCGACGCUGUGUAGUAUUUUGCACUGAACUCUUUCAUUUCAAUUCAAUCUUUGCGAUCUUUUGAAGUAUACUUUAUUUAUCGUAAAUUAAGUUUGGCUAACUAGUUUUCUCGAAAAGAUUUUUAAAAUUCCCCUUUUUCUUUAAGAAAGAAGUUUGUGAACGAUAUAGUAAGCUUGAUUUGAAGUCUCCCAAUUUUGGCUGUUGGGCAGCGGUUAUUCUUACAUCUUUCUUUUCUGGCCUUUAAUCAUGUGAGUUUCGAAGCAAUUAGUGUGGAACAAGCUUGUGUAGAUUGAGAGCAGUUUUUUGGAUAGCCGAACGGACGGAGUGUGCUAAAUAGUCGCACCAACAGAAAGGAAGAGAAAGCGGAUGAAGAAAUUGAAGAUCCUCAGGUGACUCGGGUUCUUUUUUUCGACCGAUGGUCCCGAUAUUCUGGUGUUGGGUUGCCCAAUCCUACGCUAUCCCGAAUUCUUCGUCUUUUCAAAAUGUACUUCCUAAUAGGACUCUUUUCGAAAACGGAUCUUCCUGAGUUGUUUUUUUUUUUUUGAAUCUCUAAACUAUUUUUAAAAAAUCAGUGCACCUUACCUUGGUUAGUAAUACGGUGGUUCAACUUAUUCAGUAUUUAGCGAUAGUGAAAUAGGUUUUAUAGUCACAGUGAACUUUUUCACAGCUGUAAGAAAGUCAUAAAGCGAUCAUAGGAGUUUUGAAUUUCAAGGCAAAGAGAUUCUUCUCUCAUAACUUCAAAAUUUUUCGAAGGUUGGUCAAAAAUUUUCUUGAUUCAUCGGAUGAUCCCAGAACUCCAAAAUUCGCGACUCAUUUUUUUUUAGAGGAAAGUGUUCUGGAAAUCUUAGCCAAGAUUAUAAAUUCAUGGAAAAAGUGUUUGGAGGCCUACUCACAAUAUAUCUUUUCAAAAUACUGUCUUGCAAAAAUCCAUAAAAAAAGGUUUUCUUCCAUGUUAGACGAUUUUGGGAAGUUUCCGAAGGAAUUCUUUAUUUAAGGAAAACCUUUCCUUACAAAAUGAAUCAAAUGAGAGCUGAAGAAAAGGAAAAGGUUUUGUAAGACGUUCGGAGACUUUUCAAAAACACUCAUCGUGUUCCCGCCGAAAUGGCAGGCAAUUCACUCGUGCCCCAAUUUGUCGGUGGCACCGCCGCUCCUCUUGAGCUCUGUUGGUUGGAAACCGGCAAAAAGGCUUCCUUCUGCUAACCUCCACACGACGUCUCAAGUCGAGAACGCCAUUAAUCACUCACUCAUCGGUUUUUUUUCGAUCCUUAUCUGUUCACAGCGUCUUGCCUCUCUGGUCCUCUCGUCGCACUUCGAAACCCAUUCCGCUAUGGUAUUACCUUGACUGUCGUGUUUUUCAAACUUAUUUGUUGUUUUUAGUGGAAAUAUACCAAUAACUUCUUUUCCUGUUCCUUUUUUGAAGCUUUAUGGCCUAAAUGAGCAAAAUUUUUUUCUCGUUUCUAUCACACUUUCUCUUCAAAGUUUUUUGAAAGUUUCAUCAUUCUUUCCCAUUUUUUUCAGAAGAUUUCAGAAAUAUGUAACCAUUUCCCAAACGUGAAAAAUAAUAAAUGUAUAAAAGCUUUUAAUUUUUUCAAGUGAUCUACUCAAAUCCUUUUCUGAGACUCAUCAGUUCAGAAUAUUCCUAGGGUUGUCGUGAAUCUUGUGAGAUCGUGUAAGAAAGGUCAUAAAUAGCCUAAAAAGUGCAUUUAUGAUGGCACGGUGAGCCUUGUGACGUCAUUUUUCGACCAGAUGUUCUCCCGUUUACUGUCAUUUUAUGGGUAACAAGGGUUUUCGAUGUAUUUUAGCAUUUUUCUCCGCUGUCUUUUUGCUCUCAACUAUCAGUUUUCCUUAAUCUUGAGAGUUAUUAUUUGGAGAAGGCUAUUUACACUACCGUCAGAAAAGAAACGAAAAAACGCGACUUUUGUCACAAUUUUCUUUUAGGAUUUCAAUCUUCUUGAAAGUUUCUGAUGCUGGGUUUUUUUUCUAUGUGAACUGAAACUUCAUCGGAUUGUUAAAAAUAAAUUUCAUCACAAAUCCAAAAAGUUUCAAAAAGAUUGAGUCCCUUACAAGAAAGUUGUUACCGAAACCCCGUUUUUUCGUAUCUUUUCAGACGGUACUGUAUAUUCUACUUCAUCAUUCAAUUAAUAACUUGAAAAAUAGAAUUUUUUUAAAAACUUAUAAUGUUUUCAGUUUUAUUGUUCAACUUUUUCGACAAAGACAAGCCACACGAGUUUUGAGUUCUCAGGUUUCACGCUGAAUGAGAGAUCACGCUUAGAUUUUAAUGAAGCUUCAGAGACAGUUUAAAUAUUUUCAUCAAAUGAAAGACUCUUUUUCUGCCUGCAUGAGCAACUUAGAGUUCAAAUUGAGCUUUAUAUAGUCAUAGUAACGUGUAUCAUUCAUCGAUAUUUACAUGUAGUGUCCCAGAAGUACAUGAGAACAAAAUGUGGCUGAGCUUGCCGAACGGAGAGAACGUCAGCCGGUCAUGCUCCGAUUGGGACGGUAAUCGACGCUCCAAACACGGCUGGUCUCGCUCGGCUGCCGACGAUCCCCCAAUUAUGAUUCUCCCUCGGCUGUUCUUUUCUGCCUCCUCAUAACAACACUACCGGUAACAAUCUGCCGCAUUUGACCGUUGUUUGUCCUUCGGCGGAGGACACACGCAAUUGCUGCUUUCACCUCACCUUUCGUCCGAUUUUUGUGCGUUUUUUGAGGUUAAAAGCAAUGAUGCUCACGGCUCAUUAAAAUGAGACCGUGAAAAGUCUCGUUCGUUUCAUCUACUCUAAACAGUCUUUUUUCCCAAUUUCGAUAAACCCGUAAAUUAUCUCUCAUCUUGGAGAUUCAGCCUAAGCACCUGAAGAAAAAAGAUCAGAGUUUUCGGAUUCUUCGAUCUCUUCCUUUUUUUUUGUUUCCCAGAUCUUCAUCUGAAUUAAUUGGAAGAAAAAAGGGGUGCCGGCGGAACGCACCUGCUCGUUUUCUGGACCUCGUUGCAUGACCAAAUUACCGUGAAGGUCAGCUAUGUUAUUAACCCAAGCGUUUCCUACCGAUCCGCUUUCACCUCAUUUUCAUGAAAAAUUUUAAAAAGCCUGUUUUUCCACAUAUCCGCUUUUCCGUUUUUCUCUCUCCGGAAAUCUACUGCCACGAGAUAACUGGGCCGUUAUUACGUCCAAAACUGUCAAUUUUCCUCUCUGAAACUGGUUGGCCACUCCAUCUACAUCUACAUAAAUGUUUGCCUACAUUUGAGUCUUUCUUGUGCAGUUCAAUUUGAGUUUCAAACAGAUGCGCAUUCAUUUUCACAUACAUAAUUUUUUAGAUUAAAAAAAAAGUGAAACUUCACCUGCCUUUGGCUUCUUGAAAACUUUUCUAUGCUUUCUUUUCAUUUGAGUUUUUCCUUGUAAGAAAAGGAUGGCUUUGUUUCCGAUUUUAAAAAAAAAUGCUGUGAAAUAAAAGUCUCGAGAUUAUAUUCAGGAUUAACUUGAGCGAUUUCAAGUUCAAUAGCCUUCAAUAAUACGUGGGAAACAGUUGUUACCACAACGCUGUUUCAAAAUUGGUCCGUGACCCUCUAAAAGUGGCACAAGCGUUUGUUGAAUGAACUAUUCGCCUCAUUUGACAUGCUAUUUUUUUUACCAAAGUUUUUCAAUUUGAAGGAUUUUUUUUUGAAUCUCUUUUUUAAACUCGCAACAAGAGUUCAUUAUUCAAUUUCUCCUCGAACAAUCAGGUCAGUUUAUUGAUAACGAUCAUGACGUUUCUUUCUGUCAAACAAUUAAAUGCCGUGUAUCUUUCCUCAACUUUCUGUUAUCACAAGGUGUAACAAAAAUAACUUUUCUCGAUGUCUUUCUGUAGUAAUCGAUUCCUUUUGGAUGCUACGAAACCAAGAUUAUCAAGGAUUUUCCACACCAAAGUUUUCUUUCCAAUUUGAAGGUUAUCACAUUCGAUAAUUGAUGACUGAUGGCUGACAUUUAAAAGUUUUUUGGACACUUCUGAUUCAUAAAAGGCGUUUGCCUGCUUCGUCCCGUUUUGUUCAAUAAAUAACUCAAAUCUUUUCAAUCUUUCUUCGCAUGUUCUUUGAUAGUUUUUUCUUAUCGCUUUGGUUCUCUUAUUUUUUUUCGGAACCGCGGUUGUCCUUGUAACUUUGCAAACUGUAGAAUUGCUUGUAAAACUAAAUGUUUCUACCAUGCAACCAUUCAGUACGUGAAAAAAAGAACAUUCCCGAUUGGCAAGAAAAUGUUUGAAUGGGUUAUAUGACUCAACGUCAACAGCAUUUGAAUGUCGCCCGUUAUCACGAUCACUUCCGCUGUUUGUACCUUUUCCUGUCUUUUUUUUGUCUCAUUUCAAUUCUCCAGAAGUAGAAAGAAGCCGAAAACAUGAUUUUUCUCUGAAAUAUGAUACGAGAAUGAACCCUCAAUUCAGAAACGCAUUUUGGAUUCUCUGCUUUUUUUUAGCUUUUGCAAAUUCGUGAGAGGAAAAAGAUAAACAAUAAUUUUUUUUCUGAUUUGAAACAUUUUAAUGUUAGUAAAACUGAAGGCGCUAUAAUUUAAUAUUACAUGCACAACGACGCUUUCUUGAGUCUAUUUUUGACUUCCGUCAAGAAUUUUUAAAAGGAGUCAUCCUUACAUUCAGAUGUAUACAUAGAGAGUAUUGCAGAGAGUAUCCCGAGCUGCGGACUUACGACAUGGAGUCGAUCGCGGCCUCAGCUCCUCAGCCCACGAAUUUCCAGCGAGGCUCCGUGCGGCGACCUGAGGCUCACGAGUUGCAGGAAAGGAUCAACAACAAGAUCCAGAGACAGAAGGAGAACGACUUCUUGAGGUUCUUUUCUUUUUUCAACAGUCAAAAUCCAGCAUAUAUUCAAAAAGUCUUCGAGCUAGUCAUUCACGAAUUCGUUGUAUUCCUGAAAAAAAAUUAGAGUUUCUUCAGAACCUCGAUGCGCCAAUCGAAACGUCUACAAGCCCUUGCGACAAGUGUCGAGCCCAUGUCCUCGAGUACGUCUUCAGAAUAAGCUCGUGAGAAAGUUUGGAGUUCAGAAGAAGUGACGUCGUUUGCGAAUCCGCUGUCCGAAGUGUCUGGAUUCGAGAAUCAAUGCUUCGCAGAGUCUGUCGGCGUCGCCUCGACGUCUUCUGGCACCACGCGGAUUGCUAUCGGCGAAAAAGAUGAAGAAGACGUCGUCACUACUUCCGAUUCUCAUCCCCAUGAUCCGAUAGGUUCCUAUUCUAUUUUUUGAUCUGCACGAAAAAAAUUAGUCAAAGUUCAAUUGAACGACAUCUCUUUGUUUACAAAAUCUCGUAUUUCUCUUGGGAGUUUAUACCAAGGCGCACUCGUCAAGAUAAACUCUGGACCCCAAACUGCGGUUUUUCGUCGUUCAGAACUGAAGGAGGUGAUCGUCUCAGUGGAGCGCAUCGCCUCGCGACUUUCCGAACUGCAAGGUCGCGAGUCCGACGUCGCCAUGCUGCGACAGUUCUUCGCCGCGCCGCCCAUCCAGGCCGCCAUCGAACAGACUGCCGCCGCCAUGAAGUCUACCGGCAAGGUCAGCGUUUUCAGGACCAAAAUAGUAUUCGGUUGAAAUACCGGGAAAAAACAGCCAGGUAGAUAAGAAAGUGAGAAAAGAUAAUGAGAAAAAUCACUUGUAAAUGCCGUUUUCACUAAAAGAUUUUUAAAUUGGAUGAGAUGAAAUAUUAUUUCAUACUCGGUUAUAUUAUCAAAAAAAUCAAAAUUAUUUUUUUAAGAAAAACCAGAAAGAUUCAAAAAUUGGAUCUUGAUGAAUAAUGACUUGAUUGCAGUCUUUGAAUUGGCUUGUGCAGGGAGUUUGAGCGAACUUUUUCUUCUCGAGUUAAUUUUAAGUUUUUGGUUGUAUUAAUAUCAACAUCAAUGAUAAUGAUUCAUGUCAUUAAUUGAUUGUUGAUUAGAGUGGUCUCCUAAAUUAUAUAGAUCUAUAUUUCCAGACCGGCUCCGAUAUUCCAAUGACGACAGUUUUGAACGGCGCUACAAAGACGGGCACGACGUCUUCGGGGAUCGGCUCAGACGGCAGCCGGACGCCUUCUGAAGCGUCGGCUCCUGAAUUGGAGUCCCGUUCUCGUGAACAGAACGUCUCCAACACAGAGCGCCCCUCCUCCGAGAAAAGAAACGUCCGCGUCGUGACUCUUUCCAAGGAUGAGGACAGCUACUUGGUCCGUUAUCUUCUACUUUCCGAAGAUAUGCCUUCUAGUUUUUUCAAGUGACUUUCAUUUUGAAUAAGGCCAAGGUCUCUGUGCUUUCUAGAGAUUUUCAAAAGUCAUCUGCAACUUAUAUUUAGAUGAGUCUACUGCGACACUUUCUGUAACUGUUUUUUCCUGCAAAUCAGAUCCAAAAACAAACGAUAUCUUUAUUGAAAAAGAACAACACAAGCAACUAUUUUCUUCGUUCCGAGCCUCAAGGUCAAGGUAUGAGAAUUUCGGGGCCCAUAGCAGUAAGCAUGACCGGAUACAUGAGGCUCCUGAGCACGACCUCUUGUCUCUCGUCUCUCCGAUCGCAAAUCAUCUUCCUGGUCUUGGCGAAAACUGAAAAUAUCAUUGAAAGGGCUUCAUCUAUUGAAACUUACUCAUGUAGAACCCAAGAAUGAAGAUGAGAAAUAUCAUUAGGUAAGACAGAAUUUCGAGCAGCUCCAAGGAAGCCAUGAUGAAAAGAGAGAAUGAAGCUCCCACAAGAACGUGCGAUAAUCAAUGCCAUGGUAACGGUGUCCAAUCUACAGCUAACCUUUCCAUUUUUCCACUCGAAUAACUCCAAAUUUUCGUUCUUCUUGAGUGAUUCCAUUUCUCAAAAACAACUUCAAUGCAUCGAUCACAGCAUGGUGCGAAUCUUCGCAGGUGGGAUGACUAAGCGCCUCAGCAAAGGAUUUUUAACUGAUUAGAUGAGAUAUGGAUCAGAGAGACUCAAUAAAGUAUGGGAAGAAAGAAAACCCUUUUUUCAGGGAGCAACUGUGCGAAACGAAGAGAACCGUAUUGUAGUAGGACGGGUGGUGAAAGGAGGCGUCGUCGAGAAAUUGGCACUUUUUGAAGAAGGUUUCUUUUCAAUAUUUCACUUUUACAUUUACAAAGAUUGUCCAAAAACCUCUUUUUGAACAUUAUUUUUCGUACUAAAGACGGGAUUCUAUUCAAUUCAUUUCUUGAAAUCUCAGGAGACGAGUUGCUCGAGUUGAAUGGCGUCAAUUUAUUCGGGAAGCAAGUCGGUGAGAUCUGCGAAAUAUUGGUGAGUCUUACUGCAAUAAGUGAGCGAACGGUUUUCAAAAAAUGAUAAUAAGAGAAAAAAAUCAAGAUUUCAUAAAGUUACCUUUUCAGAGGAACCUGAAAGGAGAAGUCAAGUUUGUGGUCGCUUCGAGGCAGCAACCCGAGGACGCGAAAGGUGAAGACGAGAAGUCGAGGCGACGCUCGCGCACGACACAGUCGCAGGCGGUGCAGCACGUUCGCGCGCUCUUCGACUACGAUCCUGAGGUGUGCCGAGUCGGUCUGCUGUUCCAGUCGAGAGUUUCAGGACGACGUCUACGUCCCUUGCAAAGAACUCGCCAUGAAGUUCCAGCGAGGCGACAUCCUCCACGUGCUGAACACCAGCGACGAGAACUGGUGGCAGGCCUAUCGCGAGGUUUCCUUUUCUUUCUCACUACAGAUACUGGCAUUUCCAAAAGAAUUAGGAACUACUAGGCAGCAGUUCAAAUUCAUAUUUUUCAGUAAGAUUUCUUCUGGUUUUUCGAGCUUUGAUAAAUAGAGAAAUGUCGAGAAAGUUGGACAGCCCUUUUGAAGUCAUUUGAAAAAACUUCUUGAACAAAACGCUUUUUUAACGUCAAUUUGAACUAUUUUUCCAUUGUGAAAGUCGGAAAAAGAGGGGGUCAAAAAGAAGAAAACACACUAUGAGUACUGAAAAUGUACUGUAUUUCUGAGUUUUCAGGGAGAAGACACGACCCAUUCGUUGGCUGGGCUCAUCCCGAGUUCUUCUUUCCGUCAACAGUGAGUCAACUUCUCUUGGAAAUUUCCAUCAAUAGUAAUUUUAUAGAGUUGUAAUGUACGCGGAAGAAGUGGAACGAGAACGUGACAAACGGAAAGGAUCAAAUAAAAAGGUCAGUUUCGUUUGAUAAAAAUGUUAUAGUGUAUUUUGGCUCACUAGAAUGGCAAUUGACUCUUGUUUAUUGUAAUGAUUUUUCGCGGCCACGACGCGACUUUUUUUAAAAAUUUUUUAAAAUUGCAUCUUCAAUGUAAGAAUACAUGUGCAAUCGACUUUCGUUGAGUUAACUGUGUUUAAACGGCGGCAGGAGCUGUGGCUCAGGCAGAGAAAAUGUGAAUUCCGCUCGUAGAACAUCGGGUACAAGAGAGGUCGACGCGACUGUCUUUCGGCUGAGAAAAUUAUUCAAAUUUAAACCGCUUUUUUUAUUCACUCUCCAGAUUUUUUUCAAAAAAAUUUUUUUAUUCCAUCAUAUUUUUCAGAACAAUCCAGUUUAGAGAAAACGUUUUUGUACAGGAACUUUCCAGAGCAAAAAGCCUUUCUGUAAGACGAAUGGGAAAGACGAAAUCCGUAGAGGGGCCGAUGAAGAAGCGCUUCCAUCAAUCGCCGUCUAUUCCGGUUGGUCUGAGCAUUUUUACCAGAAACUUUAUCGAAUCAAAGGGGUUGUAACAUGGAAGUUGAGAAGUUCCAAAUGCGACCGAGAAAUCAAAUUGUGGCGGAAGAAAUACCCUUUUAGAGAAUCGUGGCAUUUUCAGACUUGCUGACAUACGAAGAGGUGGUGCUGCAUCUGGCGCGGACAGAUCGCAAAAGACCGAUCGUCCUCUGCGGCGCUGAAGGCGUCGGCUGCCUGAAGCUGCGCGACAAGAUUCUCGAAAACGACCGUCAACGACUCGCCAGCCCCGUUCCUUGUCAGAUUCUUGCUUGGAAAUCAAUCUACGGUCUCUUUCAGACACGUCAAGACUACCGAAAGAAGGCGAAAUCGACGGAGUCCACUACCACUUUGUAACGAAGCAGCGAUUCCAAGAGGAAGCAAAGGUUUUUCUUAUUUCUACUAAAAAAACACUAGGCGGGUCACUAUAGUGAAACGUUUUCAAUUUUUUAGAAAGUCUUCCAAAAACUCUCGAGUCUCGCUUAAGGAUUAGAUAAAGGUUCCUUAUAUUUGCUAUAGUCUGUGUACCAUGAUUUAAAAUUUCACCGAACGACAUUCCGCUGUUCCGCUGCGUCGCGGAGCGUCUUUGCGAGCCUCGGUCUCUCUUUGAUGUGGUUCUCAUUUCUGAUAGAUGGACUGGUCCACUAGGAACACGUGUUGGUCGAGUUCUUGAAUAAAAUGAAAAAUUAAAGGCGCCCAAAGGCACGCAGCGGAACAGCGGAGUGUCGUUCGGUUAAAUUCCAUGUCGUGGUGCACACACUAUACCUUCGAAAAUAUCAUUUUUAAAAAUACAGUUUUUCGAAGAUGCGGGGUAUUGGCUGAAGAUCUAUUUCUGCAUCAUACGUGAAAUUUUAAAAUUUCUUAUUCCAAAAAUAAAAGAUCUCGUUGUUCACGACCGUAGAAAACCUCUGGAUUUUCAAAAAAAGAAAUUUGAUCGAAAUUUAGUCGGUAAUAAUAAACAUACGAUUUUGCUUCAUCGUAUACAUUUUUGGAACUGGUUUCAAAUAUUUUUCGAAGCUUUCACGCUUCAAUUAUUUGGAUAAAUUCGUUAGAUAAUUGUUUUUCUUUUCAGGCGGGAAAGUUUGUUGAGUUUGGUGAAUAUCAAAAACACUGGUACGGGACCUCGAAAUCAGACAUCAUAAUGGUGAUUCACAGAGGGAAAACCUGCGUGAUGACCCUCAAGGCUGAGGUUCGAGUUUCAUCUCCUGCGCGAAUAUUUUUCCAUCUUCCAGUCGCUGGGAGCCGUUCGUUCCGGCGACGUGAUGCCUUUCAUAGUUUUCGUGGCGGCGCCGUCGCUGCACGUGUUGCGGCGACAGCGCGAGUGCGAUGGCCAGUUCGGCGUCAAGGACGACGACCUCAAGCUCAUCCUCAACAAGUCCAAACUCAUUGAACAGGUUUUUCGGCUUUCAAAAAAAGAUCGCCAUCCUGAGGCUUCCAGAAGUACGGACAUUUGUUCGACGCGAUCGUCGUUAACACAGACUUUGAGAAGUCUCUCGCCGAAAUGGGGACUAUUCUUCGGAGACUCGAGACCGAGCCUCAGUGGGUUCCAGCCACUUGGCUUUGA